GUUGGUGCUCAGCUGAUGGGGGCGUAACAGGAGUGAAUAACAUCUCUGGCAACUAGUCAGUUGAUCAGUUUGACUGACGGAGCCCCUCAGCUGGUAAUUAUCAUGACCUGCCUUCUCAGUGUGGUUCUAACGCUGUGUGUUGUCUUGACACCUUCGGCCUCUGUCGACAGCUGUGAUGGGUGCCUGCGCUUCGCCUCCUACUAUGGAGACCACAUGGUGCUGCAGAAGUCUCCAGAGAGAGCUGUUCUGUGGGGGUACGGCCCUGACGGUGGUAUUGUCACCGUCUCCUUGUCAGGACCAGUAAUUCAGAAAACCUCACCGGUCCCUGUGAUAGAAGGCGUCUGGCAAGUCACCAUGAACCCUGUCGACGCUGGCGGUCCCUACAAUGUGACGGCAGCCACAGAGGGCAGCGAGGCCACUCUCACAGAUGUGCUGUUUGGAGAUGUUUGGCUGUGUGGAGGGCAGAGCAACAUGUUCUUUGAAACAUAUAAGAUUUUCAAUGCGUCAGAUGAGCUGGCCCUCGCACCAAACUAUUCUCAAGUGCGACCUUUUAAGGUGGCCUUCAGUAAGAGUCUAACUGAGCUGAAGGAUGUGAAAUACGUGAAGCUUCCCUGGACUGUGCCUACAGCUGACAUUGUGGCUGACUUCUCUGCGCUGUGCUGGCUCUUCGGACAUUACAUGCAUGACAUUCUGAAGUACCCCAUAGGACUGGUGGAGUCCUGUUGGUCAGGCACGCAUAUUGAAAUGUGGUCAUCUGCACGAGCACUGCAGCAGUGUGGAUUGACCCAAAGCACAGAUGCCAUCAUUCCCAGUAUGACAGAUUCUGUCUUGUGGAACUCAAUGAUCCACCCACUGCUCAACAUGACCAUCAAAGGAGCCAUCUGGUACCAAGGUGAGUCAAAUACAGGGCACAACCAGGACGAGUACAACUGUUCCUUCCCUGCUAUGAUUGAUGACUGGAGGAUGGCGUUUCACCAGGGCUCAGGGGGCCAGACAGCUGCUGAUUUCCCCUUUGGGUUUGUCCAGCUGUCCACUGCCGUAAAGACCUCCGUAAGUGAUUCCAUCCCAAACAUCCGCUGGCACCAGACGGCAGACAGGGGCGUUGUCCCUAAUUCACGGAUGCCGCGAGUCUUCAUGGCCGUGGCUAUGGAUUUACCUGACGAAUUCUCUCCCUAUUACACGAUCCAUCCGCGGUACAAGCGAGAUAUAGCUUACAGGCUGUCACUGGGUGCAAGGGCAGUGGCUUAUAAUGAAACAGAUGUCCACUUCCUUGGACCUUUCCCCAACCAAACCCUGUGCUCAGGAAGGCAUGUGAACAUAACUUACGACCAGGCGGUGUCUGUCACAGCAUCUAAUGAAGUCUUUGAGAUCUGUUGCUCUGCUCCAUGCGGGCCUAAGUCCCUCUGGGUUCCAGCUCCUAUCAUGGACUGGGGUCCAACCACUGUCCAGUUGUCUGCCAGUUUGUGUCCCCCCACAAAAGAAGCAGAUGCUGUUCGAUAUGCUUGGAGAGAUUGGCCCUGUGACUUCAAAGCUUGUCCAAUCUACAGCGCCAAUGGCGUUUUACCUGGCCCUCCUUUUAUUUCCGAUUGCUACCAAGGAAGCAAUUUGCAAACUAUCAAUCCCAAAAGAUGUAGAAGAUGUUAGGUGAAAGGUCAAGUUUGGUUCUUUAAGACAAAUUUAGCAGAAUUGACAGAUGCUGUAUCUUUAAACAUGCUAUACGUCAGCGUGGCAGGACGAUGAGAAUCAUUUUGUGCAGGGCUUUUCGAAGCUUAGAAACUAUUGUGGCUAUUUAGUAAAUAAACUUUUGGUUAGACUGUUCACGCAAUCUAUGCUGUUAGAACCACUGCCAAUAAAUGCUGAAGUGUAUGAAUUCAAA